UUUUCUCUGAAGCAGCCAGCAGACUCGGUUGGGGUUGGGAUGCCGCACAUAUUAUAUAGCCAAGAAAGCACAGAGUCAAUUUGCACCUGUCUGUAAUAUGGCUUCUUCAUCUUCUUCUACACAUUGCUUUAGAUAUGAUGUCUUUGUUAGUUUCAGAGGUCAGGACACCCGCAAUUCUUUUACCAGCCAUCUUCUUAAGGCUUUAGAUGGUAAGAAAGUUGUCGCCUAUAUGGAUUACAAACUUGAGAAUGGAGUUGAAAUUGCACCUGCCCUCCUGAAAGCAAUUGAAGAAUCAAGGAUUUCUGUCAUUAUUUUCUCCGAGAACUAUGCUUCUUCACCAUGGUGUUUGGAUGAACUUGUGCAUAUACUGGAAUGCAAGGAAAAAUAUCAACAGUUUGUUAUACCUGUUUUUUAUAGAGUAAAUCCGUCACAUGUUCGAUACCAGAGGAAGAGUUACGCAGCUGCAUUUGCUAAACACGAAGCAGGUGGUGAUAAGAUGGACGAAGUGCUCAAGUGGAAGAGUGCUUUGACAAUAGCAGCCAACCUAUCAGGGUUUGAUUCAGACACUAUUAGUAAUGAGUCUGAACUAGUUGAGGGAAUCCUCAAAGCUAUUUUGAUGAAAUUGGAUCGUCAAUCCUCAAGUGAUUUGAAGGGCUUGGUUGGGGUUGAAAGUCGCAUUCAGAAAAUAGAAUCAUUAAUUUGCAAUUCACCACCACAGGUUCAAGUUCGAACAGUAGGUAUUUGGGGUAUGGGCGGUAUAGGAAAGACCACCCUUGCUGGUGCUGUAUAUAGUAGACUCUCUUCUCAUUUUGAAGCUUCCUGUUUUCUUGCAAAUGUUCGGGAAGAAUCAGAAAAAUGUGGAAUAAACCAUUUGCGAAAUGAACUUCUUCGUGAGUUAUUGAAGGAACAGAGUUUAAGUAUCGGCACUCCAUUUCUAGGAUCAACAUUUGUUAACAAGAGGCUCUCUCGUGCAAAAAUCUUCAUUGUUCUUGAUGAUGUCAGUGAUCUAAACCAAUUAGAAUAUUUGGUUGGAGUUCAAGUUCAGUUUGGCCCUGGCAGUAGAAUCAUCAUAACAACUAGAGACAAGCAGCUACUUAGAGAGAUGCAAGUACUUAGGAAAGGAGCUGACCAUGAUGUUAAGGUAUACGAGGUGCAGAAAUUAAACUGUAAUGAAGCACUUCAGCUUUUCCAUAUGAAUGCUUCUCAAAGAUUCAAUUUGGGAGCCGACUCUGCAGCUUUUCUAAGGGCAGUGGUGGAUUAUGCUGCAGGCAUUCCAUUAGCACUACAGAUUUGGGGUUCCUUAUUUCGUCGAUGCAAGAGCCAGCAAGAAAGGGAUUGUCUAUUGAAUAAAUUGAGAAAGUUUCCUAACCAAAAGCUACUGAAUGUGUAUAGAGUAAGUUAUGAUGCAUUAGAUGAAAAUGAGAGGGAGAUAUUUCUCAAUAUUGCAUGUUUCCAUAAAGAGGAGGCAAUUGAUGAUGCAAGGAGGCAACUAGAUGCCUGUGGUUUAUUUGCGGAUAGUGGCAUUAAAACUCUCAUUGAUAUGUCUCUCAUACAAAUCAAAAACAAGUAUGGCAACCGCAAUUUCCUAUGGAUGCAUGAUGUGAUACAAGAAAUGGGUUGGGCGAUUGUUCAUGAACAAUGUCCUGAAGAACCUGGCAAGCGGAGUAGGUUGUGGAACCUUGAUGAUGUCUGUCAUGUGUUGGGAAGAAAUACUGGAACUGAAAAGGUUCACAGCAUAUCAGUAAACCUAUCUAAGAUAAAAGAGCUCAACUUGAGGACUCCAGACUUCACAAAGAUGUAUAAUCUAAGAUUCCUAAGGUUUUAUAGGCGCUACCAUGUUAAGCAAUGCAAUGUGCGCCUUAACCUAAAGUCUCUUCCUAGCUCCCUUAGAUAUCUCUGCUGGCCUGCAUACCCUUUAAAAUCUUUGCCACCAAAAUUUUCGUCUGAAAAUCUUGUCGAGAUUUCUAUGCCCAACAGCCAACUCCAGAGACUUUGGAAUGAAGGACAGAAUCCUAGGAACUUAAAAAGAAUUGAUCUUAGAGACUGCAAGCAGCUGGUUGAAGUUCCAGAUCUCUCAAAGAGUGUAAACAUUGAGACUAUAGAUCUUCCAGGCUGUUUACAGUUGGUUGAAGUUCCUUCGUAUUUCAAAGUUCUUCACAAGCUUGGUUCUCUGAAUCUGAGUCAUUGCUUGAAUCUUAAAAUUCUUUCAGAUAUGCCACACAAUAUGAGGUUCUUAAAUUUAGAUAGUACUGCAGUAGAAGAGUUGCCUACAUCGAUUUUCUCUCUAGAAAAGCUUGUUGAAUUGAACCUUGAAUGUUGUGAGGGUAUUAAAAAUCUUCCAAACAGCAGUUGGAAGUUGAACUCCCUCACAUCUCUUUAUUUGUGUGGGACAAGUAUAGAAGGAUUGCCAUUAUCUAUUGACUGUCUCUCUUCUGUCGCAUCCAUUCAGUUGAAAUUUUGCAAAAGGCUUGUGAGUCUUCCAACUAGCAUAUAUAAGUUGAAGUCUCUUGAGAGACUUUCUCUUGAAGGAUGCUCUAGCUUCAGGAACUUCCCAGAAAUCUUAGAGCCUAUGAAACGCCUGGAGGAUCUUAGUUUAAGUCUAACAGAAAUCAAAGAGCUACCCUAUUCUAUUGAAAAUCUAGUUGGGCUUAAAACAUUAAGGUUAUAUGAGUGCAAAAGCCUGGAGUCUCUCCCAAGUAGCAUCUACAAGUUAAACCUUACAAUUUUCGCACUUGAUGGAUGUUGCAGACUGAAAAGAAUGCCUCCCUCGUCAGCCAUAUUGUGGUCUUCGAUACGUGGUCUAGACCUGCAUGGUUGUCUAGCAUUAAAAGAAAUUCCUGAUUGCAUUUAUAGUUUGACCUCAAUCUGGAGAUUAGAUCUGAGUGAAAGCAUGAUUGAGAGCAUAUCUCCUGCCAUCAAACAAGCGUCUGGCCUCAGGUUCCUAUAUGUAAGUAACUGCAAGUGUCUGCAAUUUUUACCAGAGCUCCCAUAUCUUCUAAAAGUGUUUGAUGCAAGUGGCUGCACGAAGCUUGAGACAGUGUCACGCUCGAUGACUGUACCCACAGAAGGUUUGGAUGAAAUAUGUGAAAGUGGUCUACUUGAUCAUCAUGAGCAACAUUUAUUUUAUGAUUGCUUAAAUUUGGAUGAGAAUGCCCGGAGCAACAUUGUGGAUGAUGCACAUCUUAGAAUUAUGCGAACGGCAACUGCCAAUCAUCGUCUAAGUCUCCUCAAGAAAUUUCAAUCUGAAGGAUCAGCAUUUCAGGAGGAAAACUCUCCUUCAGUUGCUGUUGUAUGUCCAGGGAAUGAACUUCCAAAAUGGUUGAGCUAUCAAACUGAAGGAUCCUCAAUCCAAAUCAAUCUUCCUCUAACUUGGUGUCCUGAUGCAAAUUUUUUGGGUAUAGCUCUUUGUGCUGUUGUUACAAUCCAUAAGCCAUGUUGGUUAGAUUAUGGCUUUAAGUUCACUUUCAAAACUGUUAAAGGUGAAAACCAUCAGUUUGACCGUUGCGCUCGUACUUAUGAGAAGGUUCGGACAGGUUGGGGAGAUCAAGAAUCAGAUCACUUGUUUGUGUGGUAUGAUAGACUUGAAAAGGUGUGGACGACUGAUUUUAACAAUGCCACUGAAGCCUUCUUUGACUUGUUUGUACAAAAUAGGAGGCCUGCUGGUGGAGAGCAGUCCGCUGUGGGAUACUGUAGUGUGAAAAGGUGUGGAAUAUGCCUGCUGUCUGAUGCCCAAAUGUUAUUAAAUGUCAAGUCCAUCAAGAUGUAG